CCCUCUCAUUUCUCCUUCUCUUCAUCUUCAUGGCCACUCACAGAGCUCUGAGCCAGCAUCCAACAGUAAAUGACGAUCUGCCCAAUCGCAUAAUCUCUGGCUUGGUGAAGGUGAAGGGAAACGUGAAGGAAUUCUCAGAGACAGCGGCCGUAUUUGAGGAUGGCUCUAGGGAGGAUGACAUUGAUGCUGUUAUCUUUGCCACAGGCUACAGCUUCGCCUUUCCUUUUCUGGAAAAUUCUAUCAAAGUGGUCAAAAAUAAGAUAUCCCUGUAUAAAAAGGUCUUCCCUCCCAACCUAGAAAAGCCAACUCUUGCAAUCAGAGGCUUGAUUCAGCCCUUAGGAGCCAUUAUGCCAAUUGCAGAGCUCCAAGGACGCUGGGCCACUCAAGUAUUUAAAGGCAACUGGUACRUGGAAAGCCAACGCCAUACCAUUCAGGGAGACUACAUUGAUAGCAUGGAAGAGAUUGCUGAYUUGGUGGGAGUCAGGCCUAGUCUACUGUCUCUGGCCUUCACUGACUCCAAGCUAGCAUUACAGUUACUUUUGGGACCUUGUACUCCAGCCCAGUUUCGUCUACAGGGCCCUGGAAAGUGGGAUGGGGCUCGARAAACCAUCCUUUCCACAGAUGACCGUAUCAGGAAGCCCAUGAAGACAAGGGUGAUGGAGAAGAGUGAUUCCGCAGCUUCGGCAGUGACCGUGGGCAGGUUCAUGCUGGCCCUCAUUCUCUUUGCGGUGAUCAUGGCUUAUUUUUAGAUGUCCCAUUGUCAGUGCCCUGGCUUCCGCUGGGAAGCUCCAGGUAGAGAUGGCUUCCAGACCUCACAGAACUGAGCACUCUCACUCCCCUGUUGCUCAGAAAGCUACCUUUAGUUCUCUUUCAGAAGCAUUGAUCCUCUUUUCACCUUUUCCUACAAUGAAAUCCUGACUUCUCAUUUGUGUUGGUUCAUGCUCCUUCCUCUUGUAAUCUGUCACUCUUUCCUUCCAAUAAUUCCUGGACUGUGAGCUCAGGCACUCUUUAGUCAYCUCUAUAGGAUGUCCUUAGCAGACAKGUGGCCUUGUUGAUCAUCAAAUAUYAUGGUGGGGAUCCUAAAUCAGCAUCUAAAAAAAUGGCUGACUUCAGGCUGAGGUUGUGGCUCAGUGGAACAGCGCU